AUGUCUUCUUCUUCGAUCAAGAAGAGUUCAAGAAAGUCCUCUCAGAGUCAUAGAUCUACACUCUCCCUACAAAAGACCGAAAUAGUGAUCAACAUUUAUGAUCUACUUCCUGCAGGCAAACUUUCCUCCAUCCUCUGGCGCUUUGGUACUUCCUUACUCCACAGCGGAAUCGUGAUAAAUGGUAAAGAAUACGCAUUUGGAGGACACGAUAAGAAGGGGAUGACUGGUGUAUAUUGGGCAAGGCCAAGAUUGGAACCACCUGGAGGUACAUUCAGAUGCGAAAUUGUCCAGGGUUUUACCUUUUCUCCUCAAGGGGAGAUUGAUGCCGUUAUAAAAGAAGCUUCAGAAAUAUUCCAAGGCACAUCAUACAACCUUCUCUCCAGAAACUGCAACCAUUUCACGGCAUACAUGUGCGAGAGGCUUACCGGACGUCCUGGACCGACUUGGCUGAACCGAGCUGCGAGCAUUGGAGUCGCGUUACCUUGUAUGGUCCCCAAAGAAUGGAUCACUCCACCGGACUACGAAACUGCAGAUGGAGAGCUUGUUGAUGACGAUCAUGAUGAGCGAUCUCGGAUGUUGGGUGGUACAAGACACAGUAUGGAUGAUGGUCGACCAGAUUUGACCGAUGAUGAGACGGAGUGGAGCUGUGAUGAAGAUAUCCAGGGCAGAACAGGAAAAGGGAAAGAUGUGAGAGAUACUUCAGGUAGAGUUGUUCCGCUCUCAGAGAGAGCACCUACGGCCAGGAGAUAA